AUACCUUUAGGCAAGCAUCCAUCUUCUUCCCCAUUAACUUACCCAUCCAGCAUUCCUAUAAAUGCCAUUAUCUUCCUCAACUUGUCUCCAUCAUUCAAUAGUUACUAAUUAUUAAAUACUUAAGAUGUCUUCUUCACCUAUCCUAAAGCGGUCCGAGUCAGUGAUUGAUACGAUGCCAGAGGCUUUGAGGCAGAGCCGGUAUCAUAUGAAGAGGUGCUUCACCAAGUACAUUGAACAAGGAAAGCGGUUGAUGAAACUUCAUCAUUUGAUGGCUGAGAUGGAGACUGUCAUAGAUGACAAGUUUGAAAGAACUCAAGUUCUGGAGGGCUUGCUUGGCUACAUUCUGUGCACUACUCAGGAGGCUGUUGUUAUUCCACCACAUGUUGCAUUUGCGAUUAGACCUAAUCCAGGGUUCUGGGAGUUUGUUAAAGUUAGCUCCAUUGAUCUAUCCGUCGAAGGCAUCACAGCUACAGAUUACUUGAAGUUCAAAGAAAUGAUUGUUGAUGAAAAUUGGGCUAAUGAUGCAAAUGCAUUGGAACUAGAUUUUGGAGCAAUGGACUUCGAUGCACCUCGUUUAACUCUAUCCUCAUCAAUUGGAAAUGGAUUAAAUUUCAUUACGAAGUUCCUCACCUCCAAGCUGAAUGGUCCACUAGAAAAAGCACAACCACUUGUAGAUUACCUGCUAUCACUGAAUUACCAGGGAGAAAAACUUAUGAUCAAUGAGACACUCAACACAGCUCUUAAACUUCAAGGGGCACUAAUAGUAGCUGAAGCAGCCUUGUCUUUGCUACCUAGAGAAACACCAUAUACGAGCUUUGAAAACAGGUUUAAAGAAUGGGGUUUUGAAAAGGGAUGGGGAGAUAAUGCUGGAAGAGUUAUGGAGACGAUGAGAUAUCUUUCAGAGGUGCUCCAAGCACCAGAUUCAGUAAACAUGGAAAGAUUCUUUAGCAGGGUUCCUACGACUUUCAAUGUUGUUCUGUUUUCUGUCCAUGGGUACUUUGGACAAGCAGAUGUCCUAGGAUUGCCAGACACUGGGGGUCAGGUGGUUUAUGUUCUGGAUCAAGUGCUCGCUUUGGAAGAGGAAUUGCUGCUCAGAAUUAAGCAGCAAGGUCUUAAUGCUAAGCCUCAUAUUCUUGUGGUGACUCGACUUAUCCCUGAUGCAAAGGGGAAUACGUGCAAUCAAGAACUAGAACCUGUGCUAAAAACAAAGCAUUCCCACAUUCUCCGAGUUCCAUUUAGGACUGAAAGUGGAAUUGUUCCGCAAUGGAUUUCACGUUUUGAUAUCUAUCCUUACCUUGAAACUUUUACCCAGGAUGCCACCAAGAAAAUUCUUGAAAUAAUGGAGGGGAAACCGGAUCUCAUAAUUGGGAACUAUACAGAUGGAAAUUUAGUGGCUUCUCUGAUGGCCAACAAACUUGGGGUUACCCUGGGAACUAUCGCACAUGCUUUAGAGAAGACUAAGUAUGAAGAUUCAGACUUGAAAUGGAAGGAACUAGACUCCAAGUAUCACUUCUCAUGUCAAUUCACAGCUGAUACAAUUGCAAUGAAUUCUGCGGAUUUCAUCAUCACUAGUACAUACCAGGAAAUUGCUGGAAGCAAAGAUAGGCCUGGGCAAUACGAAAGCCACACAGCAUUUACGCUUCCAGGGAUCUCUAGAGUAGUUUCAGGCAUCAACAUUUUUGAUCCAAAGUUCAACAUUGCUUCUCCAGGGGCAGAUCAAACAGUUUAUUUUCCAGCAACAGAAAAACUGAAGCGCUUCACAUCAUUUCGUCCAGCCAUCGAUGAACUACUUUUCAGCAAAAUUGAAAAUGAUCAGCACAUUGGAUACCUUGAAGAUAAAAAGAAACCUAUAAUAUUCUCAAUGGCGAGGCUGGACACUGUGAAGAACAUAAGCGGAUUAACUGAAUGGUACGGGAAGAACAAAAGGCUGAGAAAUUUGGUUAAUCUAGUCAUUGUCGCAGGCUUUUUUGACCCUUCAAAAUCAAAAGAUAGAGAAGAAAUAGCUGAGAUUAAAAAAAUGCACACAAUAAUAGAAAUGUAUCAGCUUAAGGGCCAGCUGAGAUGGAUCGCUGCACAGACAGACAAGAAUCGAAACAGUGAGCUCUAUCGCUGCAUUGCUGAUACAAAGGGAGCUUUUGUGCAGCCUGCUCUUUAUGAAGCAUUCGGCCUUACUGUUAUCGAGGCAAUGAACUGUGGAUUACCAACCUUUGCAACGAAUCAAGGAGGUCCUGCUGAGAUCAUCGUUGAUGGUGUUUCAGGCUACCAUAUUGAUCCUAACAACGGGGAUGAAUCAAGUAACAAGAUUGCUGAUUUUUUCCAGAAGUGCAAGGAGGACGCUGAAUUUUGGAACAGAAUUUCGUCUGCAGCAUUAAGCCGGAUAUAUGAAUGCUAUACGUGGAAGAUUUACGCGAAUAAAAUGUUGAAUAUGGGGACAAUCUAUGGGUUUUGGAGGCAAUUGUACAAGGACCAGAAGCUAGCAAAACAAAGAUACAUUCAAAUGUUAUAUAAUCUCCAAUUCAGAAACUUGGUAAAGACUGUGCCUCUAUCAGUUUCUGCACCAGCACCGCAACUAGCCAUCCCAAAAGAAAUUGUAAAAGUGCAACCAAAGCGCACGCAAUCCAGAUUUUCCAGAUUGUUUGGAGCAUAAAAGUUUACAGUUUGGCUAUUCUAACACGACGUCCCAAUGUACGUGUGCUGUUGAUUUAAUUUCAAAAUUUACAACAUUUUAACUUGUCUGCUGGAAUGCCAAGCAGACGCCCUCGACAAUAAUAAAUUCUUUGGUGUGUAAAAAUUAUGAGUUGUAUAUUGGAACAUAAGUCAUUCGCUUCUCAUAUCUUUUACACCCUGUAUAUGUUUCAGUGUAUUUCAAAUGGAAUAAAAGGUUUCAUCUUAUUUUCA